AUGUGUUACAGGAGGACGUUCAUUUGUGCUGCCGGGGGGGGGGGGGGGGACGGCCGGCGGCAACAGUCCACACCCGAUGGAGACAAACGAGCUAAAGAGACUAUGGUGGAAGCUGAAAAAUCACCGGCUGUUUCUGUGCCCUGGUUCCAGAAGGCUCUGAAGGAUAUGAAUCAUGGCUCUGACGAUAUCCAAAUACGUGGAAUACAGAGAGGCCUUCCUCAGACCUCACAGGGGCCUCCUCAGACCUCACAGGGGCCCUCAGACCUCACAGGGGGCCUCCUCACACCUCACAGGGGCCCUCAGACCUCACAAGGGCCCUCAGACCUCACAGGGGCCUCCUCAGACCUCACAGGGGCCUCCUCAGACCUCACAGGGGCCUCCUCAGACCUCACAGGGGCCCUCAGACCUCACAGGGGGCCUCCUCACACCUCACAGGGGCCCUCAGACCUCACAAGGGCCCUCAGACCUCACAGGGGCCUCCUCAGACCUCACAGGGGCCUCCUCAGACCUCACAGGAGCCUCCUCAGACCUCACAGGAGCCUCCUCAGAUCUCACAGGAGCCUCCUCAGACCUCACAGGGGCCCUCAGACCUCACAGGGGCCUCCUCAGACCUCACAGGGGCCCUCAGAUGGCGUCUGUAAUCAGCAGUGUGAUAAUGACAGACAGGACAUUAAAGGGGACAUGUUCAGUGCAGUCUGUUAUUUCAGGACCAUUCGUCUUCAGAGUUUUCUUCUACAGCAGCACAGGGACACACAACCAGAGGAGCACAGGGACACACAACCAGAGGAGCACAGGGACACACAUCCAGAGGAGCACAGGGACACACAACCAGAGGAGCACAGGGACACACAACCAGAGGAGCACAGGGACACACAACCAGAGAAGCACAGGGACGCACAUCCAGAGGAGCACAGGGACACACAUCCAGAGGAGCACAGGGACACACAACCAGAGGAGCACAGGGACACACAACCAGAGGAGCACAGGGACACACAACCAGAGAAGCACAGGGACGCACAUCCAGAGGAGCACAGGGACACACAACCAGAGGAGCACAGGGACACACAACCAGAGGAGCACAGGGACACACAACCAGAGGAGCACAGGGACACACAACCAGAGAAGCACAGGGACACAUCCAGAGGAGCACAGGGACACACAACCAGAGGAGCACAGGGACACACAACCAGAGGAGCACAGGGACACACAACCAGAGGAGCACAGGGACACACAAACCAGAGGAGCACAGGACAACAACAACCAGAGGAGCACAGGGACACACAACCAGAGGAGCACAGGGACACACAACCAGAGGAGCACAGGGACACACACCCAGAGGAGCACAGGGGACACACAACCAGAGGAGCACAGGGACACACAACCAGAGGAGCACAGGGACACACAACCAGAGGAGCACAGGGACACACAUCCAGAGGAGCACAGGGACACACAUCCAGAGGAGCACAGGGACACACAACCAGAGGAGCACAGGGACACACAACCAGAGAGCACAGGGACACACAACCAGAGAAGCACAGGGACACACAUCCAGAGGAGCACAGGGACACACAACCAGAGGAGCACAGGGACACACAACCAGAGAAGCACAGGGACACACAACCAGAGGAGCACAGGGACAAACAACCAGAGGAGGACAACAGAGGAGCACGGACCAACCAGAGGAGCAGGGGACACACAACCAGGAAGCACAGGGACGCACAUCAGAGGAGCACAGGGACACACAUCCAGAGGAGCACAGGGACACACAACAACAGAGGAGCACAGGGAACCACACCCAGGACACAUGAGGAGGGACAGGGACACACAACCAGAGGAGCACAGGAGACACACAACCAGAGGAGCACAGGGACACACAACCAGAGGAGCACAAGGACACACAACCAGAGAAGCACAGGGACACACAACCAGAGGAGCACAGGGACACACAACCAGAGGGGCACAGGGACACACAACCAGAGGAGCACAGGGACACACAACCAGAGGAGCACAGGGACACACAACCAGAGAAGCACAGGGACACACAACCAGAGGAGCAGCAGGGACACACAACCAGAGGGGCACAGGGACACACAACCAGAGGAGCACAGGGACACACAACAGAGGAAGCACAGGACACACAACCAGAGGAGCACAGGGACACACAACCAGAGGAGCACAGGGACACACAACCAGAGGAGCACAGGGACACACAACCAGAGGAGCACAGGACACACAACCAGAGAAGCACAGGGAACACAACCAGAGGAGCACAGGGACACACAACCAGAGGAGCACAGGGACACACAACCAGAGGAGCACAGGGACACACAACCAGAGAAGCACAGGGACACACAACCAGAGAGCACAGGGACACACAACCAGAGCAGCACAGGGACACACAAUGUGCAGAGCACAGUGCCACACAAAUAG